AUUAUUUUAAAAUGUUUUAGAUAAAAAUGGCGACAACAGAUGAAUUUGAUAAACCAGAACUAUCAAUUAAUAAACUCAGUCUCUCUGAUUUACAAGGUUUAUUCUCGCUUACAUCUAGUAUACCUGGUUUAUCAGCCAGCAUACUUAACCUGACCGCUAGCCUCGCUGGGCUCAGCCAGACUCUACCUGUAAGCGCGCCAGGUAGUGAGCGUACUUCUAGAGACCCUAGAAACAUGACCCACGCCGAACUUCAGGAUUUGAAGUUUGAGAACCUGGAGAAGAAUACAGAUCAUUUCUUUCUCAUCAUCAUUGCCAUCAUCAUCUUCUUCAUGCAGGGUGGGUUUGCGUUCCUAGAGGCAGGGGCUGUCAGGUCGAAGAACACAGUGAAUAUACUUAUAAAGAAUCUUCUUGAUAUAGAUCAACUUCUUACUUGCUUUAUUGUGCUUCUUAUAUUAUUUUAUAUAAUUUGUAUACAACUAAGCUGUAUGUUGAAACUAGGGUUUGUAUACUGGGCAAUAGGAUGGGGACUGGCUUAUGGAGCAGGGGGUAAUCCAUUCUGUGGAGGUUCUCAGUUCUUAAACUAUCAUCUGGAUUAUGAUUCCUAUCCAACUUGGUUUUUUCAGUUUGUGUUUGCUGCCAGUGCCGCAACAAUAGUAUCCGGAGCUAUUGCUGAACGAUGUCAGUUUGGGGCGUACUUUUUAUACAGUAUAUUGAUUACGGGUUGGGUCUACCCUGUGGUAUCUCAUUGGACCUGGGAUACUGGAGAUGAACAGGGUGUUGGACAAGGCUGGUUAAAUAGUGUUGAGUAUACAGACUUUGCCGGGUCUGGUGUAGUUCAUCUUCUCGGAGCUUCAUGUGCCCUGGUUGGAUGUUCUUUCAUUGGAGCUAGGAAAGGAAGAUUUAAUGUUAAUGGCGAUAUAGUUGAGAUGGCCGGUCACUCUGUUCCUCUAGCUGGGCUUGGAGGAUUCAUUCUACUAUUCGGAUUUCUAGCCUUCAACGGGGGGUCACAAGGUUCAAUAUCUCGACCUGGGGACGGAGCUGCAGUCGCUCUGUCCAUUGUUAACACCAUCCUUGGAGCUUGCUCUGGGGGACUUUGUGUUCUUUUAUUUAACAGAUUUCUGCUGAGACAGCCCUGGUCUUUCUUGAUGACGUUGAAUGGAUCUUUGGCAGGUAUGGUGGCAAUGUGUGCGGGUUGUAAUGUUUAUGAGCCUUGGGCUGCUCUAGUUAUUGGUACAGGAGCAGGAGUAUCCUUCAUCACUAUUCAUUUUAUCAUGCUUAAACUUCAGCUGGAUGAUCCUCUCGAUGCUGUUGCAGUACACGGUGGUGGAGGUCUUUGGGGACUUGUGUCAGUACCGUUCUUUAUGUACGCUAACCUGGAGGAGGGUAAGCGUGGUAUAUUCUGGGAUGGACACACCUCCUACCCUUGGAUAGUUCUAGGAUACAACUUACUAGGAGCUCUGUGUAUAUUUGUUUGGGCGGCCUUCUGGAGUAUUCUGAUAUUCGGAGGAGCUCGAGUACUUGGAUGGUUGAGAGUAAGUGAGGAACUAGAACUUAAAGGAAUGGAUAUUGAUAAACACGGAGAAGCAGCAUAUCCUGCCCAGGCCUGGGUAGAAGUUCAGUACAAACCUAAACCAGGAAUAGAAGACAGUACUCCACAGUACAUGGCCUUUGCUAUAGAGAAGGAUUGUAACCCUACAGCAGCAAUUCAGUAUAAUCUAGAAUUGAGCUUGCUGGAUGGGAAAGGAAAUGCUGGAGUAGAGGAGAAGAAACAUGGCAAUGUUAAUCACACCUUUCAAUCUUAAAACAACUGUAUAAGAGUUAGUUGAAGUGAACCUCCAACCUCCAUGCUAAGGUGGCAACGUCCGAUUCACAAGGGUACCCUGUAAAGCGUUGUCUGAUCAAGUAUGAUUUAGAUAUUAAUGUUUAUAACUUUGAA